ACGCGAAACCUUUUUUACUAGGUUUUGAAACACAGCCAUCCUGUUCAAAGCCCCGUGUUCUGUUCAGCGCUGCUCAUUCUGACAGCCACAUCUCAUCGAUCAAGAGCUGAUCGAUACUUAAGUGAUAUAUCGGAAUCUAAUCGGAGACUUUACAAAAUGGAUCCAUCUUCUGCGGAAAGAAAUACAGAAAGCAAACAGAAUGCUGCGAAACCGCUUUAUCUGCGCUAUUUAGUGUCUUUUCCUACCAUAGUGUGUUUAGUGAUAUCGCUGAGUUCAAUAGCGGUGUGUUUUCUCAUGACUUUUAAAACGCAUCAGAUGGAUAACAGGCUGCGCGCGCUGGAGAUAAAGAUGAGUGACAUCUGUCAAGAAUCAUCUGUGGACGUCUCUGUUUCACAGGAACUGCGGGAAUCUAUUGAUACACUCUUACAAGAGAGACUGAAUGAAGCAAUGCCGAAGUUGCGUGUGGCGAGAGACGUGACACAAGACUGCAACUGUCCUCCAGGUCCUCCUGGGAAACGUGGACGGAUGGGCAGAAGAGGUGACCCCGGACCCCCGGGCAAACCUGGGCGCGACGGUUACCCGGGUCCACUUGGUCUGGAUGGCAAACCUGGUACUCCUGGACCUAAAGGAAGCCAGGGGCUGCCAGGACCAAAAGGAGAUAAGGGUGACCAAGGAGACACUGGGCCAAGGAUGGUCUUUCCUCGUUACGAUCACGGCUACAUCUCGGCCGAUCAGCCCAGUUUCCAGAGGCGCAUGCUGAAGGGUGAUCAAGGACAAGCUGGCCCACCUGGACCUCCAGGCCCUCCUGGUGCACCCGGUGCUAGAGGGCCCCCAGGAAACACUGGGAAGGACGGCCCCCGUGGCCCACAAGGAGAUACAGGUGCUCCUGGACAAGAUGGAAUAGAGGGACAAAGAGGUUUACCAGGAAAACCGGGUGAAGUUGGUGAUCAGGGUUACACAGGACCACAGGGACCCCCAGGGUCAAAGGGCGAGCAGGGAGAGCCAGGUCCUCAGGGUGACCGAGGAACCGAUGGUCUGCCAGGCUUGAAGGGAGAUAAAGGAGAUGUUGGAGAACAAGGACCCCAGGGCGAAACGGGCCUCACCGGUGAGAAAGGCACAUCAAAAUCUGGUGACAUCAUUGACUUUAAUGGCAAACUCUUAGACGCCUUUCAGGCCAUCAAAACCAUCAGUGUCUCGGGACCACCUGGGCCUCCUGGACCCCCGGGACAACCAGGAAAAGAAGGUCCAAAGGGUGAACUCGGCUUGCCUGGGCCUGCUGGGGUUGAUGGCGAAAAGGGUGAUAAGGGAGACACUGGAGAGCCUGGUGAAUUUGGAGAGAGGGGGGAGAAAGGAGAAAUGGGCCUGUCUGGUCCCUCUGGAGUGGAUGGGCAGAAAGGAGAGAAAGGAGACUCUAUACUAGAAGACAAUCUGGUUCAGAUGAUUUCACAGCCGGGACCACCAGGGCCUCCAGGUCCACCAGGACAACCUGGAUACAUGGGUCAUCGUGGCAUGCCAGGCACCAAAGGUGAUCCAGGGGAGAGUGUUAAAGGAGAGAAGGGAGAAAACGGUGCUUCAGGAAUACAAGGCCUUCAGGGUCCUCAAGGGCCCCCGGGAGCAACAGGAUUAGUUGGUCUACCCGGCACAAAGGGUGAAAAGGGAAAACCAGGGGAACCUGGAUUAGAUGGUUUUCCUGGCCUUAAAGGAGACAGGGGUGAGCGUGGGGAGAGAGGAGAGCAGGGAGAUCGCGGUCCUGUUGGAAAGAGAGGGCUCAAGGGAAAGAAAGGCGAACAGGGACCUCCGGGUCUGGACCAGCCCUGUCCCGUGGGAGGUGAUGGAUGUAAAAAAGAGGCGGUGGAAAUGGGGCAGCCGGCCCCUGAGGCCCCCUGCCCACUGGGUCCUGAUGGACUUCCAAUACCAGGUUGCUGGCACAAGGAGCAGGGAAUGCUUCAGAAACUCAAGAGGAAACGUCUCUCCCAGCCUUGAAGUUCUUCAAGAACCCGAGCAGUUUCAAUGACUUUACGGUCCCUCAAGUGACGGUAUCUCAAUAAUAUUGGUUAAUAUUGACUGCCCUCAAUGUGCAGGUCGAAUGAGGGUGCAAGCAGCCCUCGCUAUGGUCAAUAUUUUUCAUGGAGGAUCAUAAUUGAGCUCUUGGAGAUGAUUAGAGAUCAGGGAUUGGCCUCAUGGAUGCAGUUGCUCCAUAGGACAGUAACAGCAGCCUGAAAUAAGAGGCUUUGGCAUGGAGGUGAUACAGAACAGAUCGUUAUUUUGAGAAUUUUAAUGAGCAGUAAUUUAUAAUGAUUUCAUUCUUAUGUGUUACUGUUUUAUGCUUGGGGUUUUUUUGUAGUACAAAGCAUCAGGAAUUGACGCCCAAAGACUAACUUUUGGAUGGUGAGCAAUUAAAUAUUAAUGCAAAAAUCAUUUUCAUUAAAAUAAAUACUACAUCUGUUUUAAAUCAGCACAGCUUCAUAGUGAGCGAGAAUAGUGUGUUAUAUUGUACCUGUUUUUUUUUUUUUUAAUACUAC